AUGCCUCAACUAAACCCCAACCCAUGAUUUUUUAUCAUGCUCACUUCAUGACUCACCUACUCCCUGAUUAUCCAACCCAAACUUCUAUCGUUCGUAACAAUAAACCCCCCAUCUAACAAACCAAUUACUACCCCAAGCACCACACCUUGAGUCUGACCAUGAACCUAA